AUGAUUUUUUCAACUGGACAAGCAGGUUUGGUAAUCGACAAUUUUAUUACGAUAGACCAAUUUGAUACCAGUCCAGAUGUCAAGUAUUACUUCCUUUCCAGUGCUCAUUCUCGUCAUUGCCAGAAGUUAACUAGUAAAUUGCAAAGCGGUGGAAUAUAUUGUUCACCGACAACAGCGAAAUUGUUACCUGUGAUAAAUAGUCGAUACAGGAUUCCGGAUGAAUGGAUUCGGCCACUAGAUUUGAAUGUGUGGCAUGAAAUGGACGGAUUUCAGGUGAUGCUUAUAGAUGCAAAUUAUGCACCUGGCGCUGUUAUGUUGAUCAUUGAAGGUGAUCAUCGUAGUACUUUGGGACGGAUCUUAUAUACUGGUUUUUUCCGAGCCGAUGCACGAUUUUAUCAGAAUGCGACAGGUUUAUCAGUGUUACAAGAGAAGAAAUUUGAUAUCAUUUGCAUCAAUUCAACGUACAUUGAUUUCACGAUAGAAGAAUUUCCAAAUAGAAGAUCUUCGGCAAGGGAAGCAGCAAAUCUUCUUCGUUUGCUGAAAUAUAACGGAGUUGAUAGUGUGGCUGUUCCGGUGCCAAAAAUUGGUUGUGAAAGUUUUCUGGUCAACAUAUGUCGGGAAUUGAAGUGCAAAAUUUGGUUGCAUCCGGAACGAUUUGAAAUUGCUCAUAUUCUCGGAAUAAAUGAUUAUUUUUCGGACACGAAAGAAAACACCUACAUUUGGACUUGCUCACAAAUCAACGAACGGGAACAUGUAAUUCGGUAUUCGGAUCACUGCAGUUUGGCUGAACUACGAUCAUUCCUCUCGUUAUUAUCCUUCUCACGUAUAGUUGGUACCCCGAAUAAAUUACCACGUUCGAUCGAGGAUGAAUUGCAAAAUUUGACUUUAUCUGGAACAGAAACAAUGCAUGAUUGCAAAGAAGAGCAUGGAAGUCCAGAAGAGUUAUUGUUCGAUCCAUUUAGAAUUUCGUGGAGGAUUGGAAUAACGUUUGAUUACGCACUUAGAAAGUUUUAUGAUCAGCUGUCUACAGUGGAGAAUUUACUUCAUUUACCAGGUGAUGAACAUAUGGAAGAGAUGUUAUCAGAAGCAAGUCGUGUUAAUAAUUUCAUCAGCAAACAACAUUUAAAAAUGAACAUUUCCGGUAUCGAUCAAUUGGUUAAUGUGUCAGACACUUGGAAUUCAAAUUCAAGAACUUAUUCAUUCCAAAAGUUCUUUACUAAUUUUAUUAGCGGUAUUUGGUAUGGUGAUGAUAAAAGUGAUGCCGAAGGAGUAGAAGAUAGACUGGAUGAAAUGGAGAUAUACAAGGGUGAUGAUCCGCAGAAAAUGGAGGAUUCUUCACAAGAUACUUACGAAAGCGCUGGAAGUAGGAUAUCUGAUACAAAAACAGCUAUCAGAAUCUUGGAAGAACAGUACGACAUGUCGGUCUUGUUGGAUUAUCUUACGAAUAUAUUUUAUGUGAAAGACAUUGAUUUUGGUUCUACAGAGGAUGCGGAAUUUCUGGAAAUUCUUUCCGAUAUGGACAUUUCAAAGAAUUUCGAUGAUUUUGAUGAUUUGUUUGAGAAAUACCGGGAAAGCAUAGGAGAAAUGUCAGAUGAAAUCAUGAGUCAACCGUAUCAUGCCGAAGAGCACAUUUGCUAUGAUCCUUCAAAUGCACCGAUACUUCCGGAUGUUGUGCAUGAAUUAUUGUAUGACAGUUCCACUUUAGAGUUGCAUCAGGAUGAUUCAAUGUUACCACAACGAAUUAGCGUCUUAAAUCGUUCAGUACUGAAAGAUUUCUCGGAAAACAGAAAUUGA